ACCAACAACACGUUUUUUGUCCAACAAACCAAAAUGACUUUUUAACAUCCAAAGAUGUAAGAAACUUGUUGGACUUGUUUCUCUACUUUGGUCGUUAAUGGCGGGUGGUGGAAUUCAUCGGAAAAAGAAGAAGACUGAACGAUCCAACCCAGUUCCCCACUCGUCCAUGCCUUCUCUCUCCCCUACUCAUCGCCAUAGAUGGCUAACUCGAGGUGUUCCUUUGGCGCUUGCUCUUUGUAUCCUCGUCCUUUUAGGCGUUUCGUCGAACGCUUGGGUUGCAUCUCCUCACAUUUCCCAGAAAUUCCAAUCUCAUCAGAUUUACACCAUUGAUGUUGUUAAUGAGUUUCCCCAUGAUCCAAAGGCUUUUACCCAGGGGCUUCUAUAUUGGAAAAAUGACACUCUUUAUGAAUCAAUUGGUCUUUAUGGCGAGUCUGCCGUGAGGAAAGUAGCUCUUCGAACUGGGAAGGUUAAGGCUCAAUAUAAGAUGGAUGAUUCUUCUUUUGGGGAAGGAUUAACUCUUCUCGAUGAAAGGUUGUAUCAAGUAACUUGGUUGCGGAAUAUUGGUUAUAUUUAUGACAGAAAUAAUUUAAGCAAACUAGCAUCAUUUACUCAUCAAAUGAAAGACGGUUGGGGACUAGCAACUGAUGGAAAAAUCUUGUUUGGAAGUGAUGGCUCUUCAACAUUAUAUCAAAUUGAUCCCCAAACUAUGAAAGAAAUCCAAAGGCAAACCAUCAGAUAUCAAGGUCUUGAAGUACACAACUUAAAUGAAUUAGAGUUCGUGAAUGGAGAAGUGUGGGCGAAUGUUUGGCAGACUGACUGCAUUGCUAGAAUAUCACCUGGAGAUGGCACUGUGGUUGGGUGGAUUCUUCUUCCUCAAUUGAGGAGAGAAUUGAUAGCAGCUGGUCAUAAGGGUAUUGACGUUUUGAAUGGCAUAGCUUGGGACAGCGGUGAACAACGGAUUUUUGUGACCGGUAAACUCUGGCCAAAGCUGUACGAGAUCAAGUUGCAACCAGCAAAGGAAAAAUCUCAUGUUGAUAUUGAACGAUUAUGUAUCCGAAUGCCAGUUCAAUUCUAAUGCAACCGGAUACACCAGCAAAGAUUUCAAAAUAGUGAUUCUUCUGUUCAUGACACAAAUGAGGCUAAGUAUGUUGUAUGUAUAUAUAGUUUCCAUAGGAUUUGACUGAUAGUCCUAUAAACCAGCAAAGCUGAAUGUUAAGCAAAACUCUGUAGUUAACUGUAAUUUGAAUAUAAACAAGACAGCUUUGGUUGAA